UUGGAUCGUUGUAAUUGUCGACAUUGAACCCUGAUAUUAACCUCACCAGCAGCCGAAACAGACAGACAAAAAGGACCGCUUCUUGUUCCUCCCGAAUCGCCUUUGAAUGUGAGCUGUCCGCGGUACCUGGACGGGAAAGAUGCAGCAAAGAAGAUGCGGCUUUUUAAUGGUUUUAUCCUUUUUACUACAGAUGGGGACCGCAGAUGUUUUUUCUGGUGACCAUGACCGCUACACGACCAGGACCGGUGAGGGGAGGAGGUGGUCGGAUAGCCCGGUCCCGGUGUACCGUCACGUGGACCAAGAUGGCCAGGAGAGGACCCUGGGUCUGGAGACACCCGGGUGGCAGCGUGGUGGGGACAGAGACAGUCUCCAUGCCUUGGUUAACACCCUCAGGGGCCAGCAUCAGGCCAGACUGGACAGCUUCAGCAGGGACAUGGCCAGGGUGGACAGCCUCCUCACCCAGUCCUCCCAGACCCAUGCCAGGCUGGCUAAGCUGAUGCCCGCUGCCCUGCUGGAGUCCCAGUCCCGCCAGGCGCCCCGUGGGCAUGGAGCCGUCAGCCUGUUGGCACAGCCGGAGCAGGAGGUACGGGUGGAGAACGCUCCGGUCUCAGCACGCUGUAUGGUCACCGUGAAGCUGCAGGUUGAUGUGAGGAGGUUAACCAUGUCUCUUCUAAAGCGGUUCAGAGAGGGGGUAGCUGCUGCUCUGAACAUCUCUCCCAGACACGUACACAUCAACAGACUCAAUGAGAGGAAGAAUGGCAUUGAGCUGUAUGUGUCAUCUGAUAGGCCAGGGGCCACGGAGCCCCUCCCAGCAGAGGAAGUUAUCCAAUCACUGAACAUCAACACCCUGCACCGUAGCCUGGGUCACUUCGGCAUCACAGAGGUCUCCUCGGAGAAGAAUGUGCUACAGGAUCAACAUGAGAGGGACAAUAUUUGGACUAAAGAGGGAUUCUUUGCUGCGGUCAUCUUCCUCACCAUCUUCAUCAUCAUCACCUGUUUGAUGGUCCUCUACCGUCGAAAGGAGAAGGUUGAAUAUUCUGACAGGCAGACCAAAGAGCAGUCCGUGUUCCCCAGCCGCGACCUUCACCUGACCCCUGUCACUGUCCCACCCGUCCCGCUGCACCCAGUCGGAGCCCAGACCCAGCCCCAGGUCCCCUUCUCUAGCAGCAUGGUCCAAGCAGAGCCAGCACCGCCUUCUACACCCACUUCCAUACCUCCACCCAGAGCCUGCCGUCCUCCACCCACCACCCCUGUCCCCAUCCCUGUCUCCAGCUCCAGCUGUGGUCCUCCGCAGCUCCCCCCUACCCACCAAAAGCCUUGCCUGUCAGCCAGCCCCUCUCCCUUCAGGAUGAAGCCUGCCGCGUGUCUCCAGGAGAGGAGAGGCUCCAACGUCUCCCUGGUGCUGGACAUGUCCUCCCUGGCCUCGGUGGAGCCCCUGAACUGUGGGGUGGUGACCCCCAGAGAGAGGGCCACUCAGGACUACCUGCAGUCAGCCGGCCGGACCCUGUCCAGACAGCAGCUACGAGACGUGGUGCUCAACACACAGUUGCUGCACACAGAGUUCGCUGAAAUCCCAAUGAACUUUGUGGAUCCAAAGGUAAUGGACAUUUCCAGUCAUGGAACCAAAAACAGAUACAAGACAAUACUGCCAAAUCCACAUUCCAGAGUGAUCCUGAGGACCAAGAGCUCCUUCGACCCUCUCAGCAGCUACAUCAACGCAAACUACAUUAGGGGUUACCUAGGCGAUGAGAAGGCCUACAUCGCCACCCAGGGUCCCAUGAUCAACACAGUGAAUGAUUUCUGGCAGAUGGCCUGGCAGGAAGACUGUCCUGUCAUCAUCAUGAUCACCAAGCUCAGGGAAAAGAAUGAGAAAUGUGUUCUGUACUGGCCAGAGAGGCGUGGUAUCUAUGGCAAGGUGGAGGUGCUCAUUAACAACGUGACAGAGUGUGACAACUACACCUGUCGGACCCUCAACCUGAAGCAAGGGGCCCAGAGUCGUGUGGUGAAGCACUACUGGUACACAUCGUGGCCGGACCAUAAGACCCCAGACAGCGCCCAGCCCCUGCUCCAGCUGAUGAGAGACGUGGAGGAGGACAGGGCGGGCUCCCCAUCGCAGGGACCCGUCAUCGUACACUGCAGCGCAGGGAUUGGCCGAACGGGCUGCUUCAUCGCCACGACGAUAGGCUGUCGUCAGUUGGAGCUGGAGGGAGUGGUAGAUGUGCUGGGGAUUGUGUGUCAGCUCAGAGCGGACAGAGGAGGUCUGAUCCAGACAGCGGAGCAGUACGAGUUUGUCCACCACGCCUUGAGCCUCUUCGAGACCCGCCUCUCCGCCGACACCGGCCAAUGAACAGUGGCCAGGAAGUGGAAUUUAAUUCCCCCUAGCGGGAAGGACCUAUCUUACCUGGUGACUGUGAGGUCAUGUGACUAAUGAGGAAGUGGAUGUUCGGGUGACGAUUGGAUGGUAGAUGUCCUUGUGGGCUUUGUCUUUGUGGACAUGUAUGGACAGCCUGGACUGCUAUUGGCUGAUUGAUUGAGUCUCCUUACAGAGAGAGAGAUGGAGGUAUGGACAGCCUGGACUGCUAUUGGCUGAUUGAUUGAGUCUCCUUACAGAGAGAGAGAUGGAGGUAUGGACAGCCUGGACUGCUAUUGGCUGAUUGAUUGAGUCUCCUUACAGAGAGAGAGAUGGAGGUAUGGACAGGUGAUUAUGUCUCUGAAUGUAAUGUAUCCGUUCUUCUCUUCCUCUCUUUCCUCCUCCUCUUCUUCUACUACUUCCUGUCAUUCGUGAGCAGCUCUGCUUCUGAAAACGUUGUUGUGAGCAACCUGCCUCUGUCCAAUCAAACUCUCUGA